UCGGGAGCGGGGAAGUCACGGGUACGGAGGAUCUGCUUUCUCGGCCUCGCGGACGUUCUUCCUGCCCCCGGUCUCAGAUCGAGCGGCGAAGAGGAGGACGGGGGCUCAGGGCUGAAAGUGGAGCCCUCGGCAGCCCCCUGCUCGGUGCCCGGUCUCGCUUCCUCGCCGCCCCCUCCGUCUCUUUGUUCGGAUAUUUUAGACCCAGUAGCCUAGCUCUGCGCAGUCCGAUUGGCUCUGCCGGGGACAGGGUUGGCAAAAUCCCCGUUCCUGGCCCUCACCUCGCCGCGUCAUUGAUGGGCAACCAACUGGACCGCAUCACCCACCUCAACUACAGCGAGCUGCCCACAGGGGACCCGUCUGGGAUUGAAAAGGACGAGCUUCGGGUCGGGGUCGCCUACUUCUUCUCGGAUGAGGAGGAGGACCUGGACGAACGCGGGCAGCCCGACAAGUUCGGCGUGAAGGCCACUGCCGGCUGCAGCCCCUGCCAGGAGAGCCCGGACCACCACCACCAUCACCACCACCACCACUUGCUGCACCAGCUGGUGCUCAACGAGACUCAGUUCUCCGCCUUCCGGGGCCAGGAAUGCAUCUUCUCCAAAGUGAGCGGCGGCCCUCAGGGCGCCGACCUGAGUGUCUACGCGGUGUCCGCGCUGCCCGCACUUUGCGAGCCCGGCGACCUCCUGGAGCUGCUCUGGCUGCAGCCAGCGCCCGAGCCCGCGGCGCCCGCCCCGCACUGGGCCGUCUACGUGGGCGGCGGCCACAUCAUCCACCUGCACCAGGGCGAGAUCCGCCAGGACAGCUUGCACGAGGCGGGUGCGGCCAACGUGGGCCGCGUGGUGAAUAGCUGGUACCGCUACCGCCCACUGGUGGCGGAUCUGGUGGUGCAGAACGCGUGCGGCCACCUGGGCCUCAAGCGAGAGGAGAUCUGCUGGACGAACUCGGAGAGCUUCGCCGCCUGGUGCCGCUUCGGCAAGCGCGAGUUCAAGGCCGGCGGGGAGCUGCCGGCAGGCACGCAGCCCCCGCAGCAGCAGUACUAUCUCAAGGUGCACCUGGGGGACGACAAGGUGCACACUGCCCGCUUCCACAGCCUGGAGGACCUCAUUCGAGAGAAGCGCCGCAUAGACGCCAGCGGCCGCCUGCGCGUGCUGCAGGAGUUCGCCAACUUCGUUCGCGACAAGGAGUAGCGCCGGGGCCGCCCCGGGCCUAACCCCCGCCCCGGGCCUGCCCGCCUCGAGCGCCCUGUGCCGCAGGUGCCAGCUCGGGGCUGAAGCCUCGAUCCCGA